CUUGUGGGAAGGGCCGGCGUGAGUCGCCGCGGCUCUGAGGCGCUGAGUGGGGAAGACAGCGCCGGCCCGGGGCAGGAUUGACCAAAACUUUGAAGGCAAUAAUGACUUCAAAUAAAGCAAUUGAAUUACAACUACAAGUGAAACAAAAUGCAGAAGAAUUACAAGACUUUAUGAGGGAUUUAGAACACUGGGAAAAAGACAUUAAACAAAAGGACAUGGAAUUAAGAAGGCAGAGUGGUGUUCCUGAAGAGAAUUUACCUCCUAUUCGAAAUGGGAAUUUUAGGAAAAAGAAGAAAAGUAAAGCUAAAGAGUCUUCCAAGAAAACCAAACAAGAAAACACAAAAAACAGGAUAAAAUCUUACGACUAUGAGGCAUGGGCAAAACUUGAUGUGGACAGUAUUCUUGAUGAGCUGGAUAAAGAAGACAGUACUCAUGAUUCCAUGUCUCAGGAAUCAGAAUCAGAAGAAGAUGGGAUUCGUGUCGAUUCACAGAAGGCCCUUGCUCUGAAAGAAAAGGGAAAUAAGUACUUCAAACAAGGGAAAUAUGAUGAAGCAAUAGAAUGUUACACCAAAGGCAUGGAUGCUGACCCGUAUAAUCCUAUGCUACCAACAAACAGAGCAUCGGCAUACUUCAGGCUGAAAAAAUUUGCUGUUGCAGAGUCUGAUUGUAAUUUGGCCAUCGCUUUAAAUAGAAGUUAUACGAAAGCUUAUGCCAGACGAGGUGCUGCUCGAUUUGCUUUGCAAAAAUUAGAAGAUGCCAAAAAAGAUUAUGAAAAAGUGUUAGAGUUGGAGCCAAAUAACUUUGAAGCUACAAAUGAACUCAGGAAAAUCAAUCAGGCUUUAACAGCCAAAGAAAACUCACAUCCAAAGGAAGAUACUACACUGAUCAAGUCAACUGAAGGAGAGAAAAAACAAAUUGAAGAACAGCAGCAUAAGCAGCAGGCCAUUUCAGAGAAAGACCUGGGAAAUGCAUUUUUCAAGGAGGGGAAAUAUGAGAGAGCCAUUGAAUGCUACACCCGAGGGAUAGCAGCAGAUGGCGCUAAUGCUCUCCUUCCUGCUAACAGAGCAAUGGCCUAUUUGAAAAUUCAGAAAUAUGAAGAAGCUGAAAGAGACUGCACACAAGCUAUUACGUUAGAUGGCUCAUAUUCUAAAGCUUUCGCCAGAAGAGGAACUGCGAGAACAUUUUUGGGAAAGAUAAAUGAGGCCAAACAAGCUGUGACAUUUAUGGUGGUUUCUAACUUGUUGAUGUCUCUGAACUAUUUCAGGCCUCAUGUGAAUUUGAAACAGGACGUGUGUCAUUCUUUCAGUGAGAAGAUUUCUAUAAAGGUGGAACAAACACCCACUCAGUGUCCUACAGCUGUUCUCCCUCCAGUUCCUGCUAACUCAUUCCAGCUGGAAUCUGACUUCAGACAACUGAAAAGCUCCCCAGAAAUGUUGUAUCAGUAUUUAAAGCAAAUUGAACCAUCCUUGUAUCCCAAAUUGUUUCAGAAAAAUCUAGAUCCAGAUGUAUUCAACCAAAUCAUUAAAAUUCUACAUGACUUUUACAUUGAGAAAGAAAAGCCAUCACUCAUCUUUGAAAUCUUACAAAGGCUCUCUGAAUUAAAACGGUUUGAUAUGGCAGUGAUGUUUAUGUCAGAACCUGAGAAAAAGAUUGCACAUGUAUUAUUCAAUCACAUAGACAAAUCAGGAUUGAAGGAUAAUUCCGUUGAGGAACUCAAGAAAAGAUAUGGCGGUUGAUUCCAUUUUUUCUGAGACUUUUUGACUUUCACAUAUAAAUUUUUUUCUACUGAAAAUAAAGUGUUUUACUCUUUAAUAAAAUUAAGUCAUGUUGGAAAGAACUCUAUUUAGAUAUAAGUUAAUUGAGUAUAAAAUUGUGAUCUAACUAGUGAGAAAUGUUUUGGUGUAAACUACAUUUUUCUGAAAAUAAAAUACUAAGUAUAUUUGUAAGGAU